AUGGGCUUGAACUCGUUAGGCAAAGGCGAUUGGCGCGGGAUAUCGAGACACUUUGUGCAAACGAGGACGCCGACGCAAGUAGCUUCGCACGCGCAGAAAUAUUUCAUACGACAACAAAAUACGCAAAAAAGGAAACGAAGAGCGAGUUUGUUUGAUAUUCAGCAAGGGCAUGGAGAUGGAGCGACGACGUUUGUGGCGCAACAAAUGUCCGGAGGAUCGCAAAAUGGUGGAUCCGAUGCAACUAUCGCGACUGCAGCUUUGGCCAAGGGGAGUAAGGGGAGCAACAACAACGCGACGUCGUCGUCGUUGACGAAGAUGUUGAAGAAUAACGGGAACACCAAAGGAUCACAGAACGAUAAACUCAAUUCGCGCGAGGAGGAGUCAAUGCGAACGUUAGCGGACAUGGUUUUGACGCACGACGCGAGACAACAGAAAAAUGACACGACAAAGCAACAGAGACAACAAAAACAAAACGAUUCGGCGAUUUUGCAACAGCAGCAGCAACAACAACAACAUCAAAGGUUUCUUCAGGAACAAAAGGAGUAUGCGAACGGCCAUCCGAUUGCGGGCCAAUUUUACGGCGCUCAGUCGCCGCCGCAGACGAUUCCAAUGACGAGUCCGUACUACUACAAUCCAAUGUUUGCGCCGACGCACUCGUUCGUGCCUCCGCACGCCGCUUCGCCGACAGAAAUGUCAAUGUUUCCACCCAUGGAUCCCUCUCAACAACAACAAAACAUGAAUGAUUGGAUGGCACAAAUGCAGCGCAAUUCGGUUGCGUAUCAACAACAGCAGCAAAUGGCAAUGGCGUCGGCGAUGGCUGCCGGGAUUCAUCCUUCCAUGUGGACCGCGCAAUACAACAUGCUGUUGUCGGGCCAAAAUCCAGCGGUGAUGGGGAUUCUGCGACCGAGUUCGCAGUCCGCGGAAACGCAAUCUACGGCAGAAACGAAGGAAAAGAUCAAAGGUGGAGGACCCGAUGCUGCUCGGAUGAAGGUGUCGGAUUCGUUUACUUCGUACCAAGGCCGGGAUUCUCCAGUCGACGCGGCUGGUUUAUACCGACCGGUUGCUGGGUACCCGUCGAGAACGGAAUGGCUGGGAGCAACACCUUUGCCGCAAAAGAGUAUUCCAGUGCCUGCAUCGACCAAUGCAGCGGUGGAACCUUGA